UCUGAGCUGCGUGCACACAGCCAGGUACCACACGUGGAGAAGGACUUUGUGCCCCGUUCCGCACAGCACCAGCAUGACCGAGCGCAUGAACACCACUGAAAUCUUCGAUGGCGUCCGCUUACCAGGAUUCAUACACACCCCAGAGUCCCUGAAAGCGGCUUGCUCCUUCCAGUUCCAGGACACAGACAUCCUCUUGGUAACAUUCCCCAAAUCAGGUACCACCUGGAUGCAGCAGGUUCUGAGUCUUUUCUUCUGUGAGGGUCACUUGUGGCCCAUUCACAACCUCCCGACCUGGGCCCGCAUGCCCUGGAUAGAGCAAAUCUCCUUCGAUAGCCUCCUUUCCAAGCGGAACACUUCCUGGCCUCGGCUCCUCACCUCCCACCUGAACGCUAAAUGGCUGUCCCCAGCUCUGAUGAAGUCCAAGGCCAAGGUGGUGUACAUGGCCCGGAACCCCAAGGAUGUCCUUGUUUCCUUCUUCCACUUCCACCGAAUAGCCGGCUUCCUGCCCAAUCCCAGCUCCUUUGAGGACUUUGUGGAUGAGUUUCUCGAGGGCACAGGCUUCUUCGGCUCCUGGUUUGACCAUGUGAAGGGGUGGCUGAGUCUGCAGAAGGACCUAAGUUUGCUUUUUGUCACCUAUGAGGAGAUGCACCAGGAACCUCGCUGUACCAUCCGCAAGUUAAGUGAAUUCCUGGGGCGCCCCCUGGGGCCAAAAGAGGAGGAUAUCAUCCUGGAACACAGCAGCUUUUCCUUCAUGAGUCAGAGCAACAUGGUCAACUUCAGCCUGCUGUCCAAGGAGAUCAUAGACCAGAGCGAGAGCAAGUUCCUCAGGAAAGGUGUUGUGGGGAACUGGAAGGAAUAUUUUACUCCUGAGAUGAAUGAGAAGUUCAACGCUGUCUAUCAGUCCAAGAUGGGUGACUCUGGCCUUUGCCUCCCCUGGACCAUGGACUGACCCUUUUGACCCAUCUAGCCUAUUCACAUGGGCCCACCAUGCU